AUGACAGUCACUCAAAUCAUUCAGUUCCCAGCACACGAUGCAGCCGCCACGCUCCAAGCUAUCAACAAAGCUGCACCUGAGGAUGUCAUUCAAGGCACUCUGAUCCAAGAUAAAAGCACCGCGCAAGCGAUUGUCGAAUGGCAAGGCACAAGCGAUGAGAUCGCACCCGAUGUCCCAUCCUCAAGCAGCUUCCGCAUCGACCUCGCCCGCCCAGCCCUCGGCCCUAAAGGCCCUGCUACAGCUCCAGUAGUCGAAUAUGUUCAUACCUUCUUCCCAGUCUCAAAGGUCACGCCAGAGUUCAAGAAGAAAAUCGAAGACGACUUUGUAAGGUUCAAUGAACUGUUCCUCAUGAUCGGCUUGGUAGGCGAGAUGGGAUGCACCAUGGGCUGGUCGGUCGACGAGGUGAACUAUGCAGGGAUUGAGGGUGAGAAAGCAGUAGGGUUCGUCGUUAUUAGGGGUUGGGAUACGAUGGCGAAUUUUGAGAAGGUUAUGAGCUUGGACAAAACUCGGGAAGUGUUGUCGAUUCUGUUUGGAUGGGGAGCACCGUAUAAGAUGUGGCACGUUGCGAGAGAGGAUGGUGCUAGAGGCUCACUUUGA